UUAUCUAACCUCAACUUUCUAUGUACAUUAUACGGAAAAAUUUAAAUACUCAAAUUUGAAGGACUACAAAAAAGAUUAGCUUAAGCAAUAAUACCGGAAUUGAAUGAUCUAUUUGUUGGAAAUCAAAUAAUAAAUUCUUCUAGAAUGUCAGUAUUAUUCAAAAAAGCCAUAAAUACAUUGAGUAAAAUAAGCAAACAUGGAUUUGUACCCAAAAUAAAAUUUCAAAUUCCAACGAGAACAUACUCAUCAAAAAUGCUUCAGAGAGGCAAGAGUAUGUUCAAAUUGGGCUUAGCUGGAAUAGUUGUUGGUGGAGUUGUGGGGACAGGCUAUACGAUUUACCUCAGAAAUCAACCUAGGUCCCAUAUCAUGAACAAACAAAGUGGUAUUCCAUUACUCGAUGAAAUUCCAAAGAUAAAUCCGUCCAGAAAAAUUCAUUACCCCAAUGAUAACAACAACUUGAAAUUAACCUUAUAUCAAUAUCAAACAUGCCCUUUUUGCUGUAAAGUUAGAGCAUUUUUAGAUUAUCAUGGUAUUUCUUACGAUGUUAUUGAAGUUGAUCCAGUCUUAAGGCAAUCAAUAAAAUGGUCUCCUUAUAAAAAAGUUCCAAUACUUGUUGUAGAAACUCCUACAGGGCAGUACCAACCAUUAAAUGAUAGUUCAAUGAUUAUCUCUGCACUAUCAACAUUUAUCAAAGAUGCUGAGAAGGAGAUAGUGGAUAUAGUGAAAUGCUACCCCUUUAUAGAAUAUGUUGAUGAAGGUGGUAGUCGUAAGACUGAUAUAAUGAAUAAAUAUUUUCUUAUGCUGAGUGAGAAAAAAAUGGUUAAAAUGAACAUGGAUGAACUCAAUGAAGAGAGGAAGUGGAGGAGGUGGGUUGAUGAUGUACUUGUUCAUACAUUAUCCCCAAAUGUCUAUAGAACAAAAGAAGAAGCAUUUCAAGCUUUCAAUUGGUUUUCUGAAGUAGGUGAAUGGGAAAAAAAUUUUCCAGAAUGGGAACGUCAGCUGAUAAUCUAUGUUGGAGCUUAUGCUAUGCUUAUGAUUGGCAAAAGAUUGAAGAAGAAAUAUAACCUGAAGGACGAUGUACGAUCAUCCUUAUACGAUGAAUGUAAUUAUUGGAUGAAGAGCAUUCAAAAAAAAGGAGGAAAAUUCAUGGGUGGCGAUAAACCAAAUUUAGCCGAUUUAGCAGUUUUUGGAGUUUUGAAUAGUAUAGAAGGAUGCUUAGCAUUUGAAGAUUUGUUGAAAAAUAGUAAAAUUAAAGUGUGGUUUGACCAAAUGAAAAUAGAAGUGAAUAGAAACAAAAUGAUUACAGAUGUAUGAUAAAAACUGAAUAUUUCUUAACUUGCGAAUAAUUUCUUAUUUCUUGCAAUCUUUUGAGGUGUAAUUGAUAUGUAACUAAGAAGUUGUCCUACUGAAAGUUUUUUGUGAUUAUACCAUUAACAAUUAUUAUGAAUUGAGUGUACAUAUGUAUUGUUUUGCCACAUUAAUGGCCUUAGAAUAUAAAAUAUUUUUAUCAUUCAA